AUACUGACAGAGCACAUCCGGGGCAGAUCUGGUCCAUGUUUCUCUUGUGUUGGCAGCCUCUUUACUACUUUCAGUUUUAUUUUGCACCAGUUUACCUCAGUUAUUAACAGCUGACAUGUCCCGGGGGUCGAGUGCGGGCUUUGACCGCCACAUCACCAUCUUCUCGCCGGAGGGAAGACUCUACCAAGUCGAGUAUGCCUUCAAAGCCAUCAACCAGGGAGGACUGACAUCCGUAGCGGUCAGAGGGAAGGACUGCGCUGUGGUCGUCACUCAAAAGAAAGUCCCAGACAAGCUGUUGGACUCCUCUACAGUCACACAUCUGUUCAGAAUCACAGAGAACAUCGGUUGUGUAAUGUCUGGCAUGACUGCUGACAGCAGGUCUCAGGUUCAGAGGGCGCGUUAUGAAGCAGCUAACUGGAGGUAUAAGUACGGCUAUGAGAUCCCUGUGGACAUGCUGUGUAAACGGAUGGCAGAUAUCUCCCAAGUGUACACACAGAAUGCUGAAAUGAGGCCGCUUGGCUGCUGUAUGAUAGUGAUAGGAGUGGACGAGGAGUUGGGUCCUCAGCUCUACAAGUGCGACCCAGCUGGCUACUACUGUGGGUUCAAGGCCACAGCAGCUGGAGUCAAACAGACCGAAGCCACCAGCUUCCUGGAGAAAAAGGUCAAGAAGAAACUGGACUGGACCCACGAGCAGACCAUAGAGACGGCUAUCUCUUGUCUGUCCACCGUACUGUCAAUCGACUUUAAACCCUCUGAGCUGGAAGUGGGAGUUGUCACUACAGAAGACCCAAGGUUCAGGGUUUUGUCAGAGGCGGAGAUCGACACUCACCUGGUGGCUCUGUCUGAGAGAGACUGAGGAACUACAGCAGUAUAUUUGUUUUUUUUUUGUUUUUUUUUUGCUGCCCUUCACCGUGAUCUGGAAAUGGAUGAUGAACGGUAACACCAGAAAGCCCUGCCUCCCUCACUCAAAGGUCUCCUCUAGAGGGAAGAUAACAGAGGAGUCGGUAUCACCUGGUCAGGAUGGGGUGUACAACACCUGCACAGAGGGGAUGGUAGAAAUAGUGGAAAAUCUCACCCUGGUGCUCUGUAUGUGUUGUCCUUCCCCUGAGCUGUGGGGGGUUCAAAUUGAUCACAGCGCAGAUCUGACACUAUGAAACUUGUCAACAACCCCCUUCUGCAGCAGUGGCCAUGGUCACUCCUCACCCCUGACUGACCAUAUUAAUACCGACCCCUCCUGCCUUUCCUUCUAGUUGUACUGACAUGUCCUCACUGUAGCCAGCUGCCAAAUCUCAGUGCCUGGAGAAGUGACAUUCAAAUCGGCCCUUCGUACAAUGCCUCAGUCCGAUACCUUUCCACUUGGCUGAUGAUGUGUCACACAGCUGUUGCCACCAGAAUGCAGCCUUCAAGGACUGGACAGUGAUUUUUUUUAAGUAUAUAAUGAGGAAAUGAAUAUACCCGACGUUGGUUAAAAAAAAAAAAAUACAAUUUAAGCUGAUUACUGGAUGGUGACGAGCAGGUUCGAAGCUAGGGGUGUGAUAACAGUGGCACUUGAUAACUCCUAAACAUCAGCUGGGGCCCAGUGGGGUCCAGUGGUGUCUUGAGUCACUGCAUUUUAACAGUGCUUCCCAACCUUUUUAUCUCAGGGCUGCAAGAACUUCAGAGUUCUGUGUCGAUCUCUUUACUGUUACUGACGCGCGUUGAAGACUCUGACUCUGGUGUUCUUUGAAGAGCACCAGUGGAUGGCCCGUAGCUGUGUUGGGAACCACUGGUCCACGAUGACGUUUGUACUCUGAUGUACUUCCUGAUAACCCAGGGCAGAGUAGCGGGAAUUGUCCUGCUGCAACAUUAUCAUCAUCGUCACACCCCUAUGUUCUGAGUCUGAGGCCAGUGUCAGCGGAAAGUCUCUGAUUAUUUAAGAGUCCUCCUCCCUACCCCUCCCACUGCUGCAAUCCUCCUCCAGUCUCCUGCCAUCGCUGUACAUUACUGCAGUUCUAUUAAAUACAAUGUUUUUGACAAAC